AUGUGCGCGCGCUUGUCUAUCAAAAGCAGGGAGACUAACAUUAACUGCAGGGAUGACUACGACGCUGCCGCUGCCGCUGAGCUGAAGCGCAAGAGGACCUUCCGCAAGUUUUCAUACCGCGGUGUCGACCUCGAUGACCUUCUUGACAUGUCGAACGAAGACUUUGUGAAGCUGGUGCACGCUCGUGCACGCAGGCGCUUUUCGCGUGGUCUCAAGCGCAGGCCCAUGGCGCUCAUCAAGAAGCUGCGCAAGGCCAAGAAGGAGGCCCAGCCCAACGAGAAGCCAGCUGUUGUCCGCACACACAUGCGUGACAUGAUUGUCGUGCCAGAGAUGAUCGGCUCUAUGAUUGGCGUCUACAACGGCAAGGUAUGUUCACACACUGAUCUCUUUUGA